AUGUCUUACGCCGUGGAGUCAAAGAAACGGAAAUUCCACCGAGUAUUAGAAUCUAUAUCUAAACCUCUCAAUCCCGACAAUGCCCCGAAACCCUCGACGUCAGCAUCAACACCCGCUGCCGCAGGCGCGCAAGACCGCCCACCCGCCAACCUCUCCAUCAAGAAGGUCCGUCUGGCCAGCAACGACAAUUCGGACCCAAUUUCCGUGCGCAAUUCUAUAUUGAAGCUCUCACGCCCAAUAUCCCGAACGUCAUCGUCAUCUUCAACGAAGCGCCCAACUUUUCUUCCUUGGGACCGCGAUGCUUUUCUUGAAAGAUUGGAGACUUUCCGCCGGGUGGACCGAUGGACUUCUAAACCUGCACCGAUCAAUGAGGUGCAGUGGGCCAAGCGUGGUUGGAUUUGUUCUGAUACUAUGCGAGUGAGCUGUGUCAGUGGGUGUGGCGGCUCGGCGGUCGUGAAGCUGCCCGACGAAAUCGACGAGCUGGAUGGAUACGAUGAGGAGAAGGUUCAGGAGCGCAAGGAAGUCCGCGCAAGGUUGGUGGACGAAUAUGCAAAGCAGCUAAGUGAAGCCCAUGGUGAGAACUGCCCGUGGCGGAACAAAGGCUGUGACGCUACUAUUCAACACUUGCAAUUAGCAAACACAGACGCGGCCAUAGCUAAGCUGCAUGAUCGUUAUGUGAACAUUGUGAAGCUGGGUGAUAAACUACCGACCGAAGAUGUUAUCGAAACUCCCGAGGGAUUUGAGUUGGAUGAUCUCAUCAAAUUGUUGCCUGUGGAGUGGUUCAAGGAUUCGGAGACAGCCUCGGAGGAGACAAAUUCACAAACCGAAGCCAAUGGAGAGAAUGUGGCCCUUGCCCCACAGCCUCCAGCAGAGCCGUCGAAACAAGUCAACCGGAAAGCACUUGCGUUGGCUUUCUUUGGGUGGGACUCUGUGGCCGAUGGGGCUGCAGGGCUAGUCGGAUGCAAGGCCUGCUUUCGCCGCCUGGGCCUUUGGAUGUAUAAGCCAAAGGAAAACGGAGAUGUCACAGUUUAUACAUCAUUAGAUGUGGCCUUGGAACACAUGGAAUACUGCCCAUGGAUUGACGGAGUGUCACAAAGCGGUUCUGGCAAGCCAAAUGAAAAGGUGGAUGGCCUGCGCAGUGGAUGGCAGGUCGUGGCUGAGGCAUGCAAGGUCAAGCACCGUCGAAGACUCCGAUCUGUGGCAUCCAUGGAUACAAUAAGCAGUCGACCCAGUACACCCUUGCCAGAGUCUGCACCUGAUGAGGAGAACGAAGAGAGCCGGAAAACUGCAGACCGCGAGUGGUGGGCCAAGAUUCGACGGAUACGACAAUCGCUGACUUCCAAAUCUCCACACGGGAAAUCCGUCGCCCCGAAAUAA